CCUCAAUUAAAAUUUAAGGCGUUGCUGGUUUGGGAGAUUUUUCAUUCUCACAUUUCUCCAAAAAGCUGACGUUUCUCUAAGCUGCACAGGGAUGGACAUCAAGAGGAACGGAUCCCUUACGCACGGUAUGCCGCACCUAUCGGAGGACUCAUUCAGGAGCGCGCUCCAACACGAUUUCGUCAUUAGGUCCAAAACAUGGUCUAUUGACAUUGAUUCCCUGGAUUAUGCGAAACGAUUGGACAAAGAUGAUCCUCUCAGAGAUUUCCGGAAACGUUUUCAUUAUCCUAAAAAGAAAAAUUUCUCGGAAGUUGAUCAGAAAAAUUUGGCUGAUGACGAAGAAGAAUGUAUCUACUUCUGCGGCCAUUCCUUAGGACUUCAGCUAAAAUCCGUGGAAGAUGCUCUUCACGAAGUUCUGAAAAAUUGGGCAGAAAGGGGAGUAGAAAGUCACUUCGGAGGAUUUCUACCAGCGGCAUUUUGUGAUUUGCCUCUCAAGGAAAAUAUGGCAUAUUUAGUAGGAGCAAAAGCCAGUGAAGUAGCACUCAUGAACGGACUUACUGUAAAUAUACAUAUUAUGCUG